AUGGAGAACAGGACAGAAGCGACAGAGUUCAUUCUCCUAGGACUAACCAAUGAUCCAGAAUUACAAGUGCCCAUCUGUGUCAUUAUCAUUUUCAUCUACCUUAUCAAUGUAUUUGGAAACCUGGGGAUGAUUGCUUUGAUUGUUUUAGAUUCUCACCUGCACACCCCCAUGUACUUUUUCCUGGGUAACCUGUCCCUGGUGGACUUGGGAUACUCUUCUGCUAUUGCUCCCACUGUUGUGGCUGGGCUGCUUGUGGGAGACCAAUUCAUCUCCUACAAUGAUUGUGCUGCUCAGAUGUUCUUUUUUGGUGCCUUUGCUACUGUAGAAAGUUACCUGUUGGCCUCCAUGGCCUAUGACCGCUAUGCUGCAGUGUGCAAGCCUUUACAUUACACCACCACCAUGACCACAAGAGUGUGUGUGUGUAUGGUCAUAGGCUCCUACAUCUGUGGUUUCUUAAAUGCCUCCAUCCAUGUCAGGGACACACUUAGUCUCUCAUUCUGUAACAACAAUGUGAUCCAUCAUUUUUUCUGUGAUAUUCCAGCAGUCAUGGUUCUUUCUUGCUCAGAUAGACAUGUUAGUGAGCUGAUUCUUAUUUAUGUAGUGAGCUUUAACAUCUUUUCUGCUUUCCUCAUUAUUUUGAUAUCCUAUGCAUUUAUUUUUGUCUCCAUCCUAAGGAUGCACUCAGGUGCAGGUUAUCAGAAGGCUCUGUCCACCUGUGCCUCCCACUUCACUGCCGUUUCCAUCUUCUAUGGCACUGCCAUCUUCAUGUACCUGCAGCCCAGCUCCAGUCACUCCAUGGACAUGGACAAAAUCUCCUCUGUGUUCUACACCAUGGUCAUCCCCAUGCUGAACCCCAUGGUCUACAGCCUGAGAAACAGGGAGGUAAAGAGUGCAUUCAAAAAACUUAUUUUGAAGAGUGUUUUGGCAGUUGGGGUAGUGGCAACAGGGACAUGGAGCCAAGUGGACAUCUCAGCAUUCUCUGGGGAAGAACUGGUGAUGGAGGCUGCAGCAAUGGCAGCACUGUGGACUUCAAUGGAUGAGUCACAAAUCCCCAUUUGCACCAAUACUGCUGAUGCCUAG